AUGUCUUCCAAAUACUUAGCUGUGUUGUUCCUUCUUGGAAUCGUUCUUUUCAUCACUUCCUCACUUGCUGAUAACCAUCACGAUCCUCCCAAAAAUGAGCAUAUGCCACCAGAAAAUAAAUCACCAAAACACAAACCACCACACGGACACAUGUUGGUAGAGGAGGUUGACGACUCACACAAGCCCAACUUCCCAAGACAUGGUGGAAAGGGAGAGAAGCAACCACCCCAGAAGCCUCAUUUCCCAGGACACGGUGGCAAGGGUGAGAAACAACCGCCGGAACACAAGCCACCGCAUGGACACAAGUUGGAGGAGGAAGUUGAGGACUCACACAAGCCUAAUUUCCCAGGACACGGUGGCAAGGGAGAGAAGGAACCACCCCAAACGCCUAAUUUCCCAGGACAUGGUGGCAAGGGAGAGAAGGAACCACCCCAAACACCUAAUUUCCCAGGACAUGGUGGCAAGGGAGAGAAGGAACCACGCCAAACACCUAAUUUCCCAGGACAUGGUGGCAAGGGAGAGAAGGAACCACCCCAAACACCUAAUUUCCCAGGAUAUGGUGGCAAGGGAGAGAAGCAACCACCCAAGAAACCGUAUUUCCCUGGCCACGGUCGCAAGGGCGAGAAGGAGCCACCUAAGCACAAGCCACCAACUCAUGGAGAGAAGGAACCACCACCCUACCACAAGCCACCCUAUAAGCCUCCAUCAGCCAAUUGA